AUGUCGGACAUCUCCACGGAUUUUAACAACGGCACGCAGCCGGCGGGGCGGAUCACUCACCUCAACUUCCCUGCGCUGAUAUUCGGGAUCUUGCUGAUAGUGAUCAUCACUGGCGGAAAUGUGCUUGUGUGCCUCAGCGUGUUCCUUGAAAAGGCUUUAAAAACCACAACAAACUACUUCAUAGUCAGUUUGGCGUUCGCAGACCUGCUGCUGGCGGUGCUGGUUCUGCCGCUCUUCGUUUACGCAGAGUUUCAGGGUGGAGUUUGGUCCUUGAACAUGCUGGUGUGUGACAGCCUGAUGACCAUGGAUGUGAUGCUGUGCACCGCGUCCAUUUUCAACCUCUGUGCCAUCAGCGUGGACAGGUUCAUUGCCGUGUCCAUCCCACUAAACUACAACCGUAAACAUGUGGACCACCGUCAGAUCGUGCUGCUGUCGGCCACGUGGCUGCUGGCCCUGGCUGUGGCCUCGCCCGUCAUCUUUGGCAUCAACAACGUACCGGACCGCGACCCUAGCGAGUGCAAACUGGAGGACAACAACUAUGUGAUUUACUCCUCCGUCUGCUCCUUCUUCGUCCCCUGCCCCAUCAUGGUCCUGCUCUACUUCGGGGUUUUCCGUGGGUUACGACACUGGGAGGUGACUCGUAAGGUCAAGCUCCGCAGCAGCAUAGAGGCUUGCAGGAGACUGCAGCAUGCGGCCGUGGCCACCGCCCUCCCGCCGCUCACAGGCACCAUCCCCGGACCUCUGCCCAUGCCUCUGCCCAGGAUCAUCGAGAGGGACUUGGCCCAGUCUCGGUUGGACGACACGGGCGACUUCAUGCAGCAGGAGAUCCCUUAUCCCCGGCAGUACAGAGAGAACUCGGUGCCCACGGUGACCUACAGCCAGGUGCACCGCAAGAAGAGAGCCAAGAUCAACUGCAGGGAGAGGAAAGCUAUGAAGGUGCUGCCUGUCGUAGUAGGUUGCUUCCUGUUCUGCUGGACUCCGUUCUUCGUGGUGCACACGACGCGAGCCAUCUGUCUGACCUGUGACAUCCCUCCCGCUCUGAUGAGCACCGUCACCUGGCUGGGCUACGUCAACAGCGCUCUAAACCCCAUCAUCUACACAAUCUUUAACACAGAGUUCAAGAAAUUCUUUAAGAAGUGUUUCCAAAUUUCCCUCCGAAGACGCUAA